GUCGGCGGGGUGCAGCCGGGAGCCGGCCCCCGCACGCCCCGUCGGGCUGGUCCCUGGGAGGGGUCGUCGGCGCGGCUCCCAGAGCCUUACCCGAGAGACUCCUAACACCGCCCUGCUCCGAACGCUGCUCGGGAGCGCCACAAGCCGACAGAAGCGGAGGCCGGUCCCCGGGGACGGCGCUCACCCGGUUUCUGCCUCGCCUGCCACUGCCAGCGUCGCCGCGCCGCCGGACGGCCUUUCCCUGACAGGAUGACUCAGUGGUACCAGCUACAGCAACUUGAUUCCAAGUUUUUGGAGCAAGUUCACCAGCUAUACGAUGACAGCUUUCCUAUGGAAAUCAGGCAGUACCUGGCACAGUGGCUGGAGAAUCAGGAUUGGGAACAUGCAGCCAACAAUGUAUCUUUUGCUACGGUGUUAUUCCAUGACCUGCUGUCACAGCUGGAUGACCAAUUUAGUAGAUUCUUGAUAGAAAACAACUUUUUACUGCAACACAACAUAAGGAAGAGCAAACGUAAUCUUCAGGAUAACUUCCAAGAAGACCCAAUACACAUGGCAAUGAUCAUCUACAACUGUCUGAAAGAAGAGAGGAAAAUACUGAACAGUGCCCAGUUGUCAAAUCAGAUGGAAGUGGGGAGCAUACAGAACACUGUGAUUGGGAUGCUGGACAAACAGAAGGAGCUUGAUGCAAAAGUUAAGGCUGUAAAAAACAGUGUUAUAGAUGUGGAGCAAGACAUCAAGACAUUAGAGGAUAUGCAAGAUGAAUAUGACUUUAAAUGUAAAACCUUGCAGAAUAGAGAGCUUGAGUCCAAUGGUGUGUCGCAGGAGGAAUUCAAGAAAGAACAGAUGAAUCUCAAGAAGAUGUUUUUAUCACUUGACCUCAAGAGAAAGGAAGUGGUGAACAAGAUAGUACAGCUGCUGAACACCACAGAGCACACACAGAGUGCUCUUAUUAAUGAGGAGCUGGUGGAGUGGAAACACAGGCAACAGACUGCAUGCAUUGGUGGCCCACCCAACGCCUGUCUUGACCAGCUACAGAACUGGUUCACCAUUGUUGCUGAAAGUCUACAGCAAGUUCGUCAGCAGCUCAAAAAGCUUGAGGAACUGGAACAGAAGUUUACCUAUGACCCUGAUCCCAUCACAAAAAAUAAACAAGUUCUGCAGGACCGAACAUACAGUCUUUUCAAACAACUCAUCCAGAGCUCCUUUGUGGUAGAGAGGCAGCCUUGCAUGCCAACACAUCCUCAGAGGCCAUUAGUCCUGAAGACAGGAGUACAGUUUACUGUAAAGCUGAGAUUGCUGGUGAAAUUGCAGGAGUUGAACUACAACUUGAAAGUGAAAGUUUUAUUUGAUAAAGAUGUAAGUGAGAAGAACUCCGUCAAAGGGUUCAGGAAAUUUAAUAUUUUGGGAACAAACACAAAAGUAAUGAACAUGGAAGAAUCUACUAAUGGAAGUCUAGCAGCAGAAUUCAGGCACUUGCAACUGAAAGAACAGAAAAAUGCAGGAAGCAGAACAAAUGAGGGUCCCCUCAUUGUAACUGAAGAGCUUCACUCUCUGAGUUUUGAGACGCAGCUGUGCCAGCCUGGCUUGGUAAUAGACCUAGAGACCACCUCCCUUCCCAUUGUUGUGAUCUCAAACGUGAGCCAGCUUCCAAGUGGAUGGGCUUCUAUCUUAUGGUUCAACAUGCUGUCUACUGAUCCCAAGAACUUGUCCUUCUUUCUGAAUCCACCUUAUGCAAAGUGGUCUAAACUUUCUGAAGUUCUGAGUUGGCAGUUUUCUUCUGUAACAAAGAGAGGACUUAAUGCAGAUCAGCUGAACAUGUUGGGAGAGAAGCUACUUGGGCCAACAAGCGGAGGAUCUCAUGAUGGCCUUAUUCCUUGGACAAGAUUCUGCAAGGAAAAUAUAAACGAUAAAAAUUUCCCCUUUUGGCUGUGGAUUGAGGGAAUCCUGGAGCUUAUUAAGAAACACCUCCUGUGUCUCUGGAAUGAUGGCUGCAUCAUGGGUUUCAUCAGUAAAGAGAAAGAACGUGCUUUAUUGAAGGACCAGAGCCCAGGAACAUUUUUACUAAGAUUCAGUGAAAGCAGCAGAGAGGGAGCAAUCACAUUUACUUGGGUAGAAGGAUCUCAAAACGAGCCCCAGUUCCAUUCGGUGGAACCGUACACCAAGAAGGAGCUCUCUGCUGUUACUUUCCCUGAUAUCAUUCGCAACUACAAAGUGAUGGCAGCUGAAAACAUUCCAGAAAAUCCACUGAGAUUUCUGUACCCAGAUAUACCCAAAGACAAUGCCUUUGGCAAAUACUACUCCAGGCCUAAGGAGGCACCAGAGCCUAUGGAUUUGGAUGGUCCCAAGGGAAACGGCUACAUCAAGACUGAGUUAAUCUCUGUAUCUGAAGUCCACCCUUCCAGGCUCCAGUCUCCAGAAAAUCUACUCCCCAUGUCUCCUGAAGAAUUUGAUGAGGUUUCUCGGAUGGUGGGCCCAGCAGAGAUUGACACUGUGAUGUGUUCAGCGUAUUCAACUUAAAGGCUGAGCUUUUUACUGCAUCAUUAACACAGCUGAUUAGCUUAUGCAUCCUGCUCUGCAGUCAAUGACUUGGUGACAUGCUUCACUUCAACUCUUUGGUUUCUCAACCUGAAGGUCCAGUAGCAAUUUUUAACUAAUGGGAAUAUAAACAGCAGUCUGAGUAGCCUCCUUAUGUACAGUUUUUUUGUUUAGAAAUUCUUUGUUGAAUUUCCAGUUAAUGAGAUAACUGUACCAGAGAGGAGGAUAGGAAUGAGAGAUCUCAGUGACAGGAGAAACAUGCAUUUUUUGUUUAAGGGAGUUAGUUAAUUUUAACAUUUAAAACAGUUGGCUGUACAUAGAAGGCUUCAAAGGAAGGCUAGUUCUUUUGCAGAGGUGCUAUUCAGAAAGCUUGCAUCUUUGGCGUAACUACUUCUGAAGAACUUCCAUAGCUUUGAUUUUUCAUCUGCAUCACAGAAAGGAGAAGAGAAACACUCUGCAGGUACAUGCCACACUGAAUCCACGUGCUGCUGAAGUUUGUCCUGGUUUUAUCUUUUCUAAGGGCAUAGCAUACUGAGAGAACCUAAGCCAAAAAUGUUACCUGCAUUUCAUUUUUGCUUGUUUCUUAAGGCAAGGUCUUGUGUAGGAUGUUUAGCACAAUCUUUCUCAUAACAAGCACUUCUUAGGACACCACCUUAAAGGUGCAUUGGCACAUGCUGAGCUUGCAACUCAACCUGUACAAUCAAGACUAAAGCCUCCACAAAUGGCAGUCAUGCUGUCUAGCAACAGUAUUGGACAAAACAAGAACCUACUCUUAAAGAGUGCAAAAGGGGCUGGAGUAUGUUUUUACUCACUGUGCUUAAUCUACCAAGGUGAGGAUCUGGUCACUCCUAUCUUUUAUGGUAAUAUAUGCCCCAUUUAGGUUGUAACAGGUGGACUGGAACUUUAUUUUCUCAUGUACUAUGAACCAGGGCUUUUAUUUAACUGUUGGCUUGAAUAGCUAGAAGACCCUACAGGCUUUGAUAAUGAAGUGUUUUUGCAACUGGGGAUAAGGCACAGGGAAGUGAAGAAGUUAGUUACAUUUAUACUGAGUAAUGGCUGCAGGAUAUGCAAUCUCUAGUACUUAGACGGAUAAAGAUGUGCUUCCACCAGAGGAGGAACAGGUUUGCUUCUCAGCAUGUUUGAAGAUAAUUAACAACUCACAGUUAAGAGGCAAAGUUACCUUAAGCAGCUGGUCUCUUCGACUAAGGGCAUGUAUUAGUCCAGACUGGUAAUUAGCAUGCAGCUGAGCAGAGAGACUGCAGAACACUGCCAUGAUCCAAUAAAAGUGGGGAUCAUGUUGGGUAGAUUUCAGAAGGGGGAGGUUAAGUAGCUGAGGGCUGGUUCAUAACGACUUUGUGAUAAUUUUCAGCCUGUAGCUCUUCUCACCCAUCUUACUUUUGCCCAAUUCAGUUUGCUGUAUUUGUCUCCAAAAUACCAAAUUCGGUCAGUCUACUCAAGCUUCAAAAAACACAUCGAAUAGAGCUGGGAUAACUAAUACUCAAUAUCUGGUUAGUAAUGUCUGAAAACAUUCGACAGGUAUCUUACAGGAUCGUGGUUCAAUCUUGAUCAUUCCUAAGUUUUGAGUAAGAGACAUUACUCUCAGCGGUUAUUUGUCUGAGUAUAAUCUUUAAUUGAUCUACCAAAAUAACAACACUUACAGCUACUAUUAUUGUGCAAAAUACUACAGUUAAAACAAUGGUAACUAUCAUAUUGGUAUCCCAUGAAUAUAACGAUGUCAUGACUCUAAUUAAUGCAAAGCAUCUUAUCCCUCAUAGCAGAUACGAGAUUAAAGGAUACAAUUAAAAAUAUG